GUAUCGUUGGCUGCAUAAAGUCGGCAGUUGGAAAACAAAAUCUUACUUAGUCUGAGUGCGGUGGUUGGAGCCUUAGUUCGUGACUAUAGCGAAUGUAGGUAGAGGGGGAAAGUAGAUUUUUCUGACACACGCGUCUUCUAAUAAGAAGCAUUUCUAAAUUGACAGAUACUGGGAUUUCAUGAGCCAUUUUAUCAAGGACGACUUGCUGAUUCGUUGGACAUCCCCCCAAUCACGCGAUUGUUUUCUCGUUUGUAUAAAUACAGUAAAACCACGCAAGUAAAAUUGCGGCAUAUUCACUGCGUGCUAUGUGGCCUUGGUUUUUAAUUUAAAACAAAAGCAAACAUACAGCAGAGAUUGAAGGAGUGCCCAAGAUAAACCAGAAAUAUUAAUAAAAACCUGUGUGAGAAAUAGAAUGCCAGGGCUCAAUAAAAUCAUUGGCCACCAUCAGUCUUUGAAUUCUAGUAAAACAGAGAAAUCUGAAAAGUGGCAUUGGCCAAGAUGGUUGAAAAAAAGGAAGUCUACUCACAGUUCAAGCCAUUUAGUCCCAAGUGCAAGUAGUGUAGUGGCCCGUGAAUAUGAAGAAGGCAUGCCUAGUCAUUCACAAGGUCUAGUCAGCAAUGAACGUAGUCGAGAUCAGAUGGAGACAAUGGAAGAUAUUCUUCAAGAUGAUUUGGUAUGUCUUCUUUGUCUUCAGGUCCCUAAUGAGUGGUUCACCAUAGAAACCUGUGGUUGUAAGUUUUGUCAGCAGUGCAUGGAAAUGUACGCUCAUUGCAGCAUCAGAAGUGGAAAUGUCCCUAUCAGUUGUCCAGAUGCUCACUGUUCCUUAAAUGAUCAAAGCAAAAAUAAGCAGGGGGGGUCCAGUCAACUAUCACGCAAUGAAGUAAGGCAGCUGGUGCCAAAUGAUGUUUUCCCACUUUACCUGAGACUGCAACUGAACACUGAGGUCGCAGUAGAUCCCAGGUUGAUGUGGUGCCCACGCCCUGGUUGUGAAACCGUAUGUACUUUAACCGACGACGUGUCUCAAAAAAAGACAAAGCGAAAAUUUUUCGGCAUGUUUACUAUUUCCCGCAAUCAACGCAACCAAGUGGUCGUAUGCUCCUCCUGUCAAUUUUCUUUCUGCUCCCAAUGCAAAACUCCCUGGCACAUCGACACACCAUGUCCGUCUCUUAGCCGACUUCUGUCAGAUCCCAACAAAAACGCUCAGGAUCCGGAUGACCCGAUCGUGUUGUUGGAACGUGAUGGUCACAUUAAGCGAUGCCCAUUUUGCCAGGUUCCAAUUGAACGAGACGAUGGAUGCGCUCAGAUGAUGUGCAAAAAUUGCCGCCAUGUUUUCUGUUGGUUCUGCUUAGCUUCUCUCGAUGACGAUUUUAUGUUGCGACAUUAUGACUCAGGCCCGUGCCGAAGUCGUUUGGGCCAUUCUAGAAUCUCGGUUGUCUGGCAUCGGACUCAGGUGGUUUCUGCAUUUUUAGGACUAGGUGUUUUGUUUCUCGUGACUUCGCCUCUACUAUUGUUAGCUUCGCCGUGUUUUUUCUGUUGGCGCCAUCAUUCCCAGCAGACAGAUUCAUCAUCAGUUCGCAGCAAUUUAGAUUCUACCACUGCCAAAUUUGUCCCAUCAUCGACUCAGGAGCAUCUAUGACGAUUUCUUAUUUUUCGAAACGAGGAAAAUGAAGAAAUAUUGAUGGGUGACAUGAAGUUCAUUUUUUUUUCUCAAUAUGUUUGGUACAUUCAACAAUUAAUCUUCUUGACUUUUCGUCCAUAAGUAAAUCGGUUACACGUCGAUAUAGUAAGGUUUUGAACAGUGAUACGUACUUUUGACGUGCUCAAUUCCUAGCGUGAUUUGUGUCGCAUUUAUACCGACACUUAAGUUCUCAUAAUUUUUUCGUGCAAAGUUUUGCUUAUCAUUGCCAUUGUAAAUGACGCUGUGCAAAAUUAAUCAAGAUUAAAAUAAACGUAUGCUGGUUAUA